AUGUUCCUUUCCUACACAAUUUUACCACUUCCUCUUUUCAUCUACUUCUAUUGUCACCUCUUCGUUUUCUUCAUCUUCACUUCCCCAUUCUUCUUUCUCAUCUUUUUCUUUUCCUCUUCUUUGUAUCUCUUUCUUUUCAUUGUCAUUACCUUUCCUUUCUCUUCUUUCCUCCUCCUCUUCUUCUUUGCCUCUUCUUUGAAUAUAUCCCUUUUCAUUGCCACUAUCUUUCCGUUCUCUUCUUACUCCUUUUUUCUUUUUCUUGUAUAUCUCUCCAUUCUUUGCCGCUACCUUUCCGUUCUCUUCUUUACCCUCUUCUUCUUUUUUUCCUCUACUUUGUAUAUCUCUUCUUUCUUUGACACUACCUUUCCGUUCUUCUCUUUCCCCUCUUCUUUUUCCCUCUACUUCGUAUAUCUCUCCUUUCUUUGCCACUACUGUUUUGUUCUCUUUUCUCCUCCUCCUCUUCUUUGCCUCUUCAUCGAACAUAUCCCUUUUCAUUGCUACUAUCUUUCCACUUUUGUUAUCUAUUUUUUUUCAUUUCUUUUCUUCUUUAUCUCUAUCCUUUUAUUGCUCUCUCUCUCUCUCUCUCUAUCUCUCUCUCUCUCUCUCUUUCAUUUUUCACUGUUUUCAUUUCUCUUUCUUUCUCCCCUCUUCGUUUAUUUUUCCUUAUUUCUCAUUUUAUUCUUACUCGAUUUCCCUCUCUUUUCUCCUCUCGUUUCUCCUGUUUUUUGUAGAUUUUUUUUUUUUUUGAUUUCAACGUUUACCGUCUUCUCUUUCUUUCUUUCUUUCUUUCUUUCUUUCUUUCUUUCUUUGACUCUGGGUAUUUUUCCUUGCUUUUUUUACCAUUUUUCUCUUUUUCUCUAUUCAUUCCGACUCACCUUCUCCCUCUUUUCUUAUUUCGUUUAUUCUCUUUUUUCAUUCCCGCCUCUCUUUCUUUCUCCCCCUGUUUUCUUUGUUUCUCUCUUUUCUCUCUCUUUUCUUUAUUCUUUUUUCAUUCCUUCUUUAUAUAUGUUCACUCAAUCUCUCCCCUUCUUUCGUCUGCUUUUGAUUAUUUUUCUUUUUUCUUUUAUCUCUCCCUCUAUUCGAAUUCCCUCUUUUCUCCUCCCAUUUAUUCUCUUUUGUUGA